AUGUCCGCCAUGUUCAGGCAAACCUACCGCUACCUCCAACGGCAAGCACAUGAGCAGCCCGUCAUCUUCUACUCGCUCAUCAUAGGCUCCGUCGGCCCCAUCAUGGUGGCCACCGUGCCACCCAUACGCCGGGCGUUCGGUUGGAAGCCGACAGAACCUGCUCCCUUGUCGUACCCUGUUCCCAACCGAGCAAGGGUGCCCAUCUCAGGGUAUGACGACGAGUAG